AAUUGAUGUGACUAUGGGAAGAUGGCCGAAUCGGUCAAUCUAACAACAAAUGAUAAAAGGUUAGAAAAACGACCAAACUAUGUGGAUGAUCAGUUUCAUUUUAAACUUGCUGCCUCCUUAAAUCAGCUGAAGAUUGACAAAAGCCUAUGUGACGUUACUAUCGUAUGUGGAAAUGAAAGAAUUAUGGCACACAAAAUUGUUUUGGCUGCAGCCAGUGAAUAUUUCUGCGCAAUGUUUGCAGGUGGUUUGUCUGAAUCAAAUCUGAAUGAGAUUGAGCUGAAAGAUGUUGCUGCCGACGCUGUUAAGGACCUCAUUGACUAUGCAUAUACAGGGGCUAUCCACAUUGAUGACAACAAUGUCCAGUCAUUGGUUGGAGCAUCCGAUCUCUUGCAGUUCAAAGCGGCAAAAGAGUAUUGUGGAGACUUUAUUGCUUCGCAGAUCGAUGCAUCAAACUGCUUGGAAAUUUAUCAGUUCUCCGAUCAAUACUCCUACAGCGAUUUAGCUUGUAAAGCGCUCGCUUUCUUCAAAUAUAACUUCAGUGAUAUGCUUGAUUCAGAACAAUUCCUGAGUUUGAGUUUUUCAUUAUUAAAAAAGCUUUUACAAAGCGAUGACAUACUUGUAAAGAGUGAAAACGAUAUUUUGUCAGCUUGCUUUGAAUGGGUGCAGCACGAUGCAGUUAAACGUAGUACCUAUUUGACCGAGCUACUACAGUCUGUCAAAUUCUCGUUCAUGGGACCUAGACAACUUCUUGAUACCUUGGAUAGGUAUGCAAUCAAAGAUUCAUCUUUGCAGGUCAGAAAAAUCCAACUCUUUCCAACAAACGCAAAGUACACUCGAUAUCAAAAAAUGGUUGGGUUAAUGAGGAGCUCAUAUCAACAAUGGCUGCACGUAUUCGGAGGGGAAAGGUCGUUUCUCAAUGAAAUUAAUGAUGUCGAAUGCUUCUCUUACCAUAAAGAAAUGUGGGAACUCUGUAAGCCUUUGAAAGCUCCCAGAUCUUCUUUUGCUGCCGUUGUUAUCGGAAAAAAGUUGUAUAUUGUAGGGGGGAUCAGGACUAGCGUUAAGCUACGAAGUGCCAAAUGUUACGAUUCUGAAACUGGCAAAUGGACCACCCUGCCACCACCGUUGAAAUGCAGAGGUGACGUCAAGGCUGCAGCGAUUGGUGAAAUGCUUUAUGUUGCUGGAGGUUCGGGCGACAGAGAGUCUGCCUGUAGAAACCUUGAAAGGUAUGACCCUGCUGCAAAAGCCUGGACUAGACUACAAAAGAUGAAAUCCUGCAGAAGAAGGUUCAAUUUGAUUGCUUUAAAUGGACUGCUUUACGCACUUGGCGGAUUUGAUGAUAAACAAGGGGAUUUGAAUAGUAUUGAGCAUUACGAUCCCAGCGCAAAUUCAUGGACGCAAGAUGCACCCAUGAUAACAGCGCGUAGUGACUUUGGAGCUGUGGCAUUGUCAGGAAACAUAUAUGCAGUGGGUGGGGUGAACGGGACACGGGGAUCCAUGGAAUCAGUCGAGAAAUACGAUCCAGUCAAAGGAGGUUGGGAGCAGUGUGCCAGUAUGCGAAACUGUCGUGGCGGUUUGUCAGUCGCGGUCUACUUUGGCCGGAUUGUUGCCUUCAGUGGAAUAAAUAUCUAUAUGUCUUCAAUAGAAACUGCAGAAUAUUAUGACGAGGUUGAAAACAAAUGGUACCCAUUCCCGUCAUUGCGGAUCGCACGGUCUGGCAGCGCUGCCGUGUGUCUGCCAUUCAAAAUGCCCCAACUGCCUUGCCAAGUCGCAAGCGACUGAACCGAAUUGAUGUUCUUCUGAGUGAUGGUUUAUUAUCAUUUUUUUCCAAAUGGAGGUUUGCGAAGGUAGAGUGUUGAAGAAAGUCGUCCUCGAAUUUAUGAUAAGAUUGACACGAUCAGCAAAAUUUUGGCAAUGGUGAAUAUUUUAUAAUUAAGCAAUCGAAUUUUAUUUGAACUGGAAAUUCUUUCUUGAUUUUAACGCGUAAAUGUCUUUUAUAACGAUCAAUGUAAGUAAAUUGUACCAGGAAAUUUUUUUUAAAUAAAUAAAGACAUUUCGUGCAUAGCCCGUUAUCAAGUAAAAUUGAAAAGCGAUGAUAGAACUGAAAAACGUUGUUGCCGUUAACGUAGACCGCGACUGACAAAGUAGCCCUUUUACGUUUUUUCCUGGUACAAUUUACUUACAUUGAACGUUAUUAUAGCAUCAUAUUGUACCGCACGCAAUCUAAUAUAUAAAUGUCUUUUAGCCUGCAUAAAAUGUGCAUAAUAGCUAUUUAAAAUAUAUUUCAAGAAGUGAAUAAUUGGUACAUGAAAAAAGCUGACACGUUAGUAAUCAGCGUUAAAAGUAAUGUGUAUAUUUAUUUAUGUAUAGUAAUUUUCUUCGUUGGAAGAAUUAUGAAAAGCAACAGCGUGA